UGGGCACCUGCGAUGGCUUUGAGCUUCAGGGCUAAGAGGACAGACGCGACGUAUCCAAAUUCCCUCUAAUCCGGCUGUGUAAGUCAAAGUUUCAGUGGCAUUUGUAGAACGGGUCUGCACCAGGAAAGGGAGAAGGGUAUAAAAUGUUAGGACAUCCCGCUUGGAAACUGCCGGAUGCUAGAAGAGCGGCGCAUCCUAGUCUUCACCCCCUGAUUAGCCUCCUCCCCUUUCCCUCCUGUCCAUCAACUCCUCCAACAUCUCCACCCUCCUCAGCAGAUCUAGCGCCCACGGCGGCGUCUUUCUAUCGGCUCUCCCAUCCGCCUGCCGUUUUGCUGCCCCCUCUACCGCCUUCAACUUCCCUUGUAUCUCCUCUACUGCUGCUAGCUUCUCCUGCCUUUCAUCUACCCGCAUCCCCAGAUCCACCGCCCACUGCGGCACGCUCCUGUCAUCACGCUUUCCCACCCCCAUCUUCACCGCACCCUCUGAGCCCUUUACUCUUCCCAUUGCCCCCUCUACCUCCUCCACCCUCAGCCUCGUCUCCACUGCGCACCGUACCACCUCCACUUGCAACUACGCCAACUCCUCUUUCAUAGCCAGCUUCAAGUAGCUCUUCUCUAGCUGCUCAGUCCUCACUUCCCCAUUCUUUAUCGUUUGCUCCAUCCGGUGCCAGUAAUUCUUUGACUGCUCCUCCUCCUCUGACAUCUUUCUCUGGUGGUGCUCGAGACUACCCUGGACAAACACCUUGACGUGGUUCUCCACCUCGGACUUGAUGUAGAUGUGGACGUCCUUCUUCAAGUUGGGGAGAAGGUUUGAAGUAAUAGCAGAAACAGCUUCAUCGCGCAGACCAA